GCGAGAACAGCAGCUGGCGUCAGCGGGUUUGGAUGUCCAAGCUUUGAAGCGUGCCGCUUCUAGUUCAAACGGUGUGCUGGGCGGCGAACCUGCGGGGGGUGCGGCCCCAGCGACCAAAAAGCAGAAAGUUGCAGCGACUUCGGAAAAGAAAAGUGGCAGGGAUAGCAAACAGAAAAACGUCGCCGACGGUGGAAUUACUGAUGAUGGGCAACAUCAAGAAGAGGCUAAGCUUGAACCUCCUGCAGAGGCCGGUCUGCCGGGCGGGAAACGAGGGGCCACCGGCAGAGAUCAACAUGUUGACAACAUCUACCACGAGGUGAAACCCCCACAGAGGCCCGAUCCGGUUUUCUUUCGGGAGAGCUACGCGCGGCUGUUCUACCGGCAAAACGCGCUGCAGGAGGAAAUCCCGCAGAGCGUGGACUGUCCGAAGGAUUUCACGAGCUUCGAGGCCUUCUGGUACCGGGUGACAAUCCGCGACGAGCUCGGGCAACUGUCCCACGGGCCGAAGCGGUUCUGCUUGGACGACGUGUUUGUGGACCUGCUCCUUCUCCAGCUUUCCCGGCUGCAAAACCCGAAGGCGCCGGUCCCCGACAUUCUGGCCCAGUUUGCCGCGAAGCGGGUGCCGACGAAUUUAUUGAAAGUGCCCCACCCGCCGAGUAGUUCUAGCGGAGUUCUUGCCGGCGUAGUUGGGGGUGGAAGUAGUAGCUCAAGCGGCCCCCGUGGUGGGGCAACUCGAGGUCGAGGUCCAUCUGGAGAACGGGCGGAAACACUAACAGAAGACGUGGUCGGAAACAAAAGCCAGGCGGAACAAGGAGCGGCGCCGCUCGCACAGGAAGAUGUUCGCGACGAAGCCAGGACAACAACAUCAAGAACUGAAAGCGCGCAGAGCAUCGGGCAGCAAGCGACUUCUGCAGCAGAACCUACGCCGCUGGAGCGAACGUCCUCGAUCACUUCAUCGCAUUUCAACACGACCAUGCGGGCGCGGGCGCGCCGCGAUUUGCCAAGUGUGCUGGUGAACCAGCUCCGUUUCCCUACCGACGAAGCCUUACACACGACCAGCAGUACGCCGGCCGAACAAAGUCUGAAGCCGCCAGAAGACAGAAAAGACGAAAGCUACUUACUGCUCGGCCCGAUCUCGUUUCUGCAGAAGUUGAAGCUUCCGGAAAACAGGUUUGGGAAGCACCAGGAAUCCCUAACAUUGUCCGGUGCGAGAAGAACCGACAUCAGUGUGGUUGUCGACCUCUCAACGUAUGACGUAGCAGCAGCUCGUCCAGAAGGAGUGGCGAAAGGUGUUGGUGGAAUGGAGUUGGAGGCCACGGUGGAAAAAAAAGUUGCAACUGGCGAUCCCCGCAACCGCGAGAAGAAGUAUCUGACUACCGUCGAGUUUCGGCGUUUGAUCGAUGUGAUCGCCGACAUUUUGGACGCCUGCGCUCCGUACUACAAGAUUGUGCAUCCGCAGAAGGCCUACCUGAUGAUCACCAAGCGCAUGAUGAAGUACACGCUCGGUCGCGUUUUAACCUAUCAAGCCUUUCGCGAAGUCUACGAAAGUUUGCGACGAUUCCAUCCUUCCUGGAGGCGGUCAUAUCCUGUGUAAAAACGUCCCCACACCAUAGUUGUCAUGCAAAUCUGCAUGCUUAAAAUGUUUCUCAUGCGGAGCCCCAUGAGGAGCAUUUUCUAAUGGUGUUUUGAAAUUUGUCAUGCUCCAAUCAGCAUGAGAGACUAGAUCUGUAAUGCUGCUGAACAGGCUCAAACAGCACUACACCACGCGUCCAAAUUUGUCAUGUGAAACAGCCAAAGCUUGUGGAUUUGUCUAGCCGAUUCCCCAUCUUGACUAUGGGAUGGGUACGUUUUUACAUAGGAUAGGUCACACGCGGAUCUUUUGCAAAUAAGCUCAUCUGGAUUUUUCGAAAGCAUACCCCUUGUUGGUGGCAGUGGUGGAAAACCGAUGAAAGUAGUAGAUGAACCCGCGUCGAAGCAGAAGCUGCACGGAGUUUCUACAGGAGAAGCAGUUGCAAAGCCGUCGUCAGAUGAGCCCCCGUUCGGAGGUUCUACUACUUCUGCUGCAAAGAGCGCAUCAAGUAGCGCUCCCGCUUUUGCAGGGCCGCAAGAAAAGACAGGGACUUCUUCUGCGCAACAUCCUUCAGCUGCGAACAAGGUUCUACUGGGUUCUACUUCAUCUACCGCCACUGCAUCCAGCAGCGUUCCUCCGGUAGCGGCCCUACUGGGAACUACUUCAGGAACUGGCUCCUCGUCCAGCACGACUCCUGCCAGUCCCCGGAGCCGCGGCGUUGUGACUGACGUAACGGCCAGUGCGCUGGAGCCGGUCGCCGGGCAGUUGCGCGACUUUGGACGCCUCGGGGAUGAGGUGCGCGCGUUGCGGAACCUGGUCAUUCCGCUGGGUGAAACGCAGCCCAUGCUGGAUGCCUUGCGGAACUUGUGUGCGACGUACGCCGCGGGAGGUGACCAUGCAGCUGGAGGUGUUGAUAACCACCGAGAAGUAGACCGCAGGAAAAAAGCGGCCAGCUCCCGGUCGACUGCCUCUACAGGAACCGCCGCCCCAGCAACUUACCAGCCGCGUGCGGACGUGCGAAAGCUGCGCGAGAAGAUGCGGCUGAAGAAAUUGCGAUCUGCGCGCACGGUUUUCGUCUGGAAUUUUAAACCCGAGCGCGACGGUGGGUUGCCCGAGAACGGCUGGCGAAGGUUGCUGCAGCAGGCCGGAGUGAUUCACCGCUUGAGCUUUAACCCCAUGCAGAGCUUUCUGCACUGCGAGUACCUGCAGCGCCCGGACGCGGAGAUGGCCUUACACCUGUUUCAGAACAAAGUCGUCUCCUGCGCCGCAACAGCGACGAUGCAGAGUCUGAACCAACUACACCAAAUAAAAGCGAAGAGUAGUUCUUCGCGCACUGCAACAAGUGGGAAAACUAGUACUGCUGUGCAGCGGGAUCAAGUAGAAAGUGUUGGGCAACAACUUCAAUCCCUACAGAGAACCACCUCCAGCGAUUCCCUUGCAACCGCCGGAACGACGGCAACGGCUGCAACAGUUGGCAGCCAGCGUAUAAUGUCAGCAACAUCGUCCUCGCACUACACAAGACCGCUUCCCCCGCGCGGCCUGAAGAUGAUUCUCCUCGAGUCGCAGGGUGCGCUAGAGGAAAUCUGGGUGCGGGAGAUCCAGCAGAUUUUGCACGACAAGGGCGAGCUCCGAAACGUGAAGCUCCGCAACGUGAAGACGUUUCUCGAAAAAAAAGUGCAAAUGCCUUUGGACUACCGUGCCGCAGGUUUCGGCAACAUCGAGGAGUGUCUCCUCUCGGUGCCCGGCGUUUACAUGGAGUGUGUGGGGCCCCGGACCUACUUCGGCCGCAAGGCGUUGGUGUUGAAGUUCGUGAAGGGCGGCAAGGCCGGCGUCGCAGACGAGAAAAAGAAGCAGCUCCUGGAAAGAAAAAAGGAGCGGGAUAACAAGAAAAAAUCUGUUGAAAAAGGGACGAAAAUGGCAGCUGCUGCUGCUGCACGCGCGAACGAUGCGAACGCGGUCGCCGGCGCGGAUCAUGUUGAACCAGCUGCAUCCUUGUUGGGAGUUAAGAUAAAAAAGCGACCCAGAUGAAAUAAGUCAUUCAGGCAAGAAGAGGUGAAAAAAUGACAAGUUCAGCGAGCACUCACAUCAUGGAUGAAGAUCUGGUAUAGAAGUACAGUGAUUGCCCGAACAAGAAUAUCAAUAUCUUCGUAGCGUAAUAGAGCGACAGCGACAGCCGGAACGAAAGAAAAGUCGAAGGCCGAAGCCCGAAGGGGCUGCAUUCGUAUCUGUUCCGAAAACGGCACAGACUCAGCGGCAUGCACAUUGCCUUAACCACUAAAUAGAUGCGUAGGGAGCAUCGCGAGUGUAGCAGUAUUUCAUAGCGAUCGAUCGACGAUCACACUUACUACAUAUUUUCCUCAUGCUGUUCGCUCGUCCCAGUUGUCGUCCGUGUACAAUUUCCGCUCGUGUCGUGCAUCGUCAACGAGCGAAUCUUUCUGAGAGUCCAAGAGCGAACUCGCAUGAGAGAUUGAGUGAUCUUCGAGUAAAACAAAACAAACUUCUUCCGGGUAGCAGUCACUGGCACAUUCCCGCUGCCGUAGCAGCUAAGUAUACUCAACUUCUCACGUCGAGAAGUGUGUAGAGUAUUCCUUACGUUUUUAAAGUUCGCAGAUGUAGACCAUAGUCUUCACCUCGAUCUCUCGAAUUACCGCCAGAAAGGCGGCCCCAGGUGCGCGCGACAUGUCCGGAUCCAUUGCUCAUGCUUCCGCCCAACUCCCGGGUCGGUCGACGCGGGAAAAGAAAAGGACUACUCGCGCCUGUGCCUCAUACACAACAAAAAAGUGAACGACUUCCUCCGGUCCACUAAAAACGGGCUCAAUUUGUCCGCAGCGGUGAAAUACAUCACGGGCAUCGUCCCAGAGUGCAAGAAUGUGUCUUCGCACUCCUGCAGGAUUGGGUUGGCAGUGCACUUGUUUUUGUUAGAUGUCGACACGGCAAAGAUUGUGUCACAUGCGAGGUGGUCAGAUGACUCCAUGGUGCUCUAUUACACUCGCAAUAGUAAAAAAUUUGAUCGGCCAAUGCACUGGAGCAACUCACUGCAGUGGUUCUUCGACACUGUAGCUGAUGAUCGUGAAGAAAUUGCCCUCUUAAAUAGUGACAGCGAGAAAGACGAAGGUCACGCCAGUGACAAUGAUGCGUUUAUCGGUGAAUUCCUGCAGAACUAAAGACAGAAGUGUAGACAAGUAAGCGCUUCGCCCCUAUUCCAGAACUACUAUUCCAGACCUUUGUCUCUUGUCAGAACUAAGUAUGUAAUUGCUUCGUGCUGGUGUCCAUUGCUUUUUCUCGAAGCAGGAUGAGGCUGUUUUUGGCUCUUCAAAU